GGAAAUGUUCAACAAUCGCGAAGUAACUAAAAUGGCUGCUGCAAAAAAUAUUUUUCUUCCAUAGUAUGAUCAAAUUGCAGCUAGCUAGCUAGUAAACAAUAUUCUUAGCUUUUAACUUGGUCAUAUUAUGAUAAUUUAAUAAGAAAGGUUGUGGUUAGAAUAAACUGUAUCAAAUGGUGGAGAAAGGUUCAGGCAAUCAAAGCAGAAUGAACAAUAACUCUAAAAGAAGAGGAGGAAGAGGGUCAAAUUCCUCAAACAGACAUUUACGAACAAAAGGAACGCCUUUUAAUGCUGGCGGUUCGAGUUCUCUCAAUUGGCGUAAUGAAUAUAGCAAGACCAACUUGAAUAAUGAAGCAAACAAUUAUGGCUAUAACAACCACCAUUUGACAAGUGCUUUUUAUAUGCUUAUUGGUUUGAAAGUUCAAAUACAGAAAAGAGAUGGAAACAUUUAUGAAGGAAUUUUGGAAACUGUGUCAAGCAAAAAUGAUUUUUGCUUAAGCCAUGUGACGAAACCACCUGGCAAUAAUAACGAGAAUGGCGACGUCUCUAACUCGCAAGACCCAUUUCAGAAAGCAACUUUUCUAUUCCCUGACAUAGUUUAUUGUAAAGCUGUGGAUGUGGAUUUAGACUUCGCCAGACGUGAUGUUCUUUUAACUGACUCAGCUAUCAGUGGUUCUAAUGGACCUGCAGCACAGCGUGAAUUAGUUAUGUGGAAACCAGAUGAAGGAUUGGCACUAUCAAGUGAGGCACUGGAUUGUCUCGAUACGAAUGAUGAAUCGUGGGGAUUUGAUGACAUGAUCAGUGCACAUGAAGAGAAACAUGGUGUUACUUCAACUUUUGACAGUUCUAUGUCUAACUACAUGACACCUAUUGAAAAACGUGACGAUGAAGAAUAUAAAGAACAAGAAAGACGAGCUGAACAGAUAGCUCGUGAAAUACAAAAUAGUGCACAUCACAAAGAGCUGGAAAUGGCUGACAGUGGUGCUGGAGAAGAAGAAAUGUUCAGCUCUGUAUCUCGACUAUCAGCAAACAAUAAACUCAAUACUGUAGCCAAUGAUGUGAUGUUUACAUCUGCUACCCGAAAUAAUACGAACAACAACAACAAUACUAACAAUGAAGGCAUUCCCAGUUACAAUCGGUCUUAUAAUCAAAGAAGAGGUGGAAAAGCUCAAAAUACAGUUGGUCCUAGGCUGCAACGUAAUAACAGAAACCAAGAAGGAUUUCAGAAUGGUCCUAACGGCAGCAAUGUGUCUAGUAAUCGUAGCGCUCUACCUCCAAGAUCACAAAAUGGAAAUGCUUCAAGGAACAAUGGUUACCAGCAUCCACAACAAAUUGACCAUCAUAAAGCACCUGCCGACAAUGUUUAUGUGAAUUCUGCUCAAGCAACAUUGUCAUAUUCUGCUGUUGCCAUGAAGACACAGCCAGUACAAAAUAAUAGGGAUAACCCAAGACAAAAAGUUACCAGGCCGCCUCAACCAUUAAUGCAACAACAAGUGACUGCACCAAGUCAACAGACUGCAGUCCAAGGUGGAAUGGUACCUGCCAAUUUAAAAUCAUCCCAACUUCCUGCCAUGUCAGAAGCCCUCGCUGCUGCCAAGGAGCAGGUAAUAAACAACUCUAGAAAUUAUGCUAGUAUGACACAAAGUGGGCUGACACAUCCUCAAAUUUCAACACAAGGUCAACAUACCACCCAAAUGAGCACAUCGCAAGGACAAAACACUACCCAGAUCAGUACAUCACAACAUGCUGUUCAAGGUAGAGCACCUCAAGCUGUAGAGGACCAUGCAACACAUCAACACCUUCAUACAACAGAAUCAUCACCAGAAAGGCAGCGAUUGGCUCAUGGAAAGGAGGCCGAUAAAAAAUUAUUACUUGAACAGAAAUGCGAUACACGUGAUUUCCCCUCUAAAGGGUUGUCCAAAUAUGGAAAAAUAAACCCUCCAGUUGGUGGAGAGGAAGAAAAAAAACCAAGUAUAAACGAAUUGAAAGAUUUCAAGAACAAUUUCCAGCUGAAUGUCAAGACAGCUAGCUCAAGCAAUUCGCCUGUGAAAUCAAAGUUUGACGAAAAAGAGCCUGUAUCCGAAGUUGUUUCUAAAAGCACGGCACUUCUCACUGAAUCAAUUGCGAACACCUCCUUAGUCGACUCUGUUACACCUUCAAGAACAGUAGUGUCAACAGCAUCGUCUACUUCAACCACUUCUGCACCAUCAACCACUGCAACUACAAGUGCACCAUCUCAACCAUUAAAAUCAGCACUAAAUCCCACUGCGAAAGAGUUCAAUUUUAAUCCAACUGCUAAAGAAUUCACGCCUGGAACGGCUGGUAAAUCAGGCUUUGUGAAACAAUCAUCUUUUCCUACGGAAGUCUAUAACGGCGUGCAUCCUCCACAGUAUGUACAAACGCAUCCUGGCACAGUUGUUGCUAGUCCACACCCUGGCGAGGUCAUGCAACAGCCACAAAUUAUGAAACAAGCACAACAAAUAUAUCGAUACCCAACAGUGUUCAGCAUCCAUGCAGGAGAUUAUGCAAAUCAAGGUGGAGGGCAAAUAAUCCAACCUGGUUACAUUCAAAACCAAGGCAUGCCUAAUCAUCAACCGCAAGUGGUUUAUUUUCAGGGUGGUUAUCAUCAGUCUGUUGUUCCCGGUCCUCAAGGUUCUAUGCAGUCUCUAAUACCUAUGCAGUCUCCAAUGGUGCGUUACAUCCCACCACAACAUGCAGGAAAUGCUGUACCGCAAGCGUCCAAUCGAAUUCAUCACCCAGAAGGAGUGCAAGGCGGUUACCUUAUCGCAGCUAACCAACACGGCGGUAUAUUGUCGACACAACCUGUGGCGUCUAACCAGCACAAUUUUUCUACUCCACCAUCGCCGUCUCCGCAUAUGCAGCAACAACAACAAUAUGUGUACUCAGCUAAUAACUAUUCUCAACACCAGGUCGCAUCGCCUAUCAAUCAUCCGCAAGGAGGCGGGCCGCCGAACUAUCGAACAACAGCAUCGAUGCAAUCUGUAUCAAGUCAUCCUCCUGGCCAACAACUCGUAAUGAUGGGACAACACGUACCAGGUGUUGCCAUGCAACCAGGCCAAGGUUUUAUGCAAGGUCACAUUCAUUAAAUACGGAAGAAAUUGAGAACUCUCAAAUAAGUUUACAAAGUUUCUCGAAGAAGCACAGCGAGGAAGUACCUUCACAAGUAAACACGUUCGGAGGUGCACACUGAAGCAAACGAAUGAAAAUAUUACUUUCAAAUAGAAAAAAAAGGAAUUCGUUUGCACUUAAAAAAAUAAAGAAUUUAUCCAGAAGAAUUUUUAAUGAAAACA